AUGGCUUCCUCAUCUCACAAACCAUUCCUCCUUCUCUAUACAAUCCUCUUCUCACUCACUUUACCUCCCCACACAACCACUUCCACAACCACAACCUUAAAUCCCAACCUCACUUCCUUAAAAUCUCUCUGCAAAACAACACCAUACCCAAACCUUUGUUUCAACUCCUUAAAACUCUCCAUAUCAAUAAACAUAAACCCAAACAUCAUAACCUACCUCCUCCAAUCCCUUCAACAAGCAAUAUCCGAAACCACAAAGCUCUCCAAUCUUUUCCACAACAUCGAACACUCGAACGCCGUCGUGGAGAAACAAAGAGGAUCAAUCCAAGACUGCAAGGAGCUUCACCAAUCAACCUUAACAUCAUUAAAAACAUCAUUAACCAAAAUCCGUUCCUCCAACAAAAGAAACAUAGCUGAUGCUAGAAUCUACCUCAGUGCAGCACUUACAAACAAAAACACAUGUUUAGAAGGACUUGAUUCUGCUUCUGGUAACCUUAAACCAGUUCUUGUUAAUUCUGUUAUCAACACAUAUAAACAUGUGAGUAACUCUCUUUCUAUGCUCUCUAAUCAUGUAAACGAGGCUUCAAACCAAAAGGGUCAUAACCAAAAAAUGGUUUCUUCAAAAUGGCUAGAUUUGGAUGAGUAUGAUCAUAAUGAAGCCAUUGUUGUGGCUGCAGAUGGAAGUGGGAACUUUAGCACUAUCAAUGAUGCUAUAAACUUUGCUCCAAAUAAUAGUAUGGUUAGGAUAGUGAUUUAUGUUAAAGAAGGGAAUUAUGAUGAAAACGUUGAAAUACCAAGCUAUAAAACUAACAUUAUCAUGCUUGGUGAUGGAAGUGAUUCUACUGUCAUCACUGGUAACAGAAGUGUUGUUGAUGGAUGGACCACUUUCAGAUCUGCAACUUUAGCUGUAUCAGGCGAUGGUUUUCUCGCAAGAGACAUAGCAUUUGAGAACAAAGCAGGACCAGAGAAACAUCAAGCAGUUGCAUUAAGAGUAAAUGCAGACUUUACAGCAUUCUACAAAUGCGCAAUUUAUGGUUACCAAGACACACUCUAUGUCCAUUCAUUUCGACAAUUCUACCGAGAAUGUGACAUCUACGGUACCAUAGAUUUCAUAUUCGGUAACGCAGCAGUAGUAUUACAAGAAUGCAACAUCAUUUCAAGAAUGCCAUUACCAAAUCAAUUCACUGUCAUAACAGCACAGUCGAGAGAUAACCCCGACGAAGACACUGGAAUUUCGAUACAAAACUGUUCGAUUCUAGCUACGGAUGAACUCUAUUCGAACUCUAGUAAUAUCAAGAGUUACCUUGGAAGGCCGUGGAGGGUUUAUUCUAGAACUGUUUUGAUUGAGUCUUAUAUUGAUGAUUUUAUUGAUGCAAAGGGUUGGACAAAAUGGUCAAACGAACAAGGUUUGGAUAGUUUGUUUUAUGGUGAGUAUGAGAAUUAUGGACCCGGUUCGAAGAUUGAUAAUCGGGUUGAAUGGUUGGGUUACCAUUUGAUGGAUUACAAUGAUGCUUAUAAUUUUACUGUUUCUGAGUUUAUUACUGGGGAUGAAUGGCUUGAAUCUACUUCAGUUCCUUAUGAUGAUGGAAUUUGA